AUGCCUGAUCCUCACCCACUGCGUCUUUACGAAAACUCCGAUUUCUUCAGUGGUCUGCCCCUCGAGAUUCGUGAACUUAUUGCGAGCUAUCUGCCAACGAGUGAUUUCUUAGCUCUGCGCGAAGCCUCUCGCUCGAUGGCUCCUCUCUUCCACAGCCAACAUUUCUGGCGUUCGCGGUUUUUGAUCGGUCGUGAACGGGGCUAUUUAAGAUACCUUCUCAGAAACCGUGACGGAAAAACAGACUGGCGACUCCUGCAUGACUGUACGCUCGGCCAGAUCGAUCAAUCUCAUCGUGACAUAUGCCAAACUCUCGUAACAAGGCUUUUGAUCUACGUCAACAGUGAAUCAAUCAGAUACGAAUGCCUGAGAACAAAGACUUCUACCAUGCAGCUUGAAGAAAAUCUGACAAGAAAACGCGGUGGCCUUCUGUGGGAUAAAGCUUUCAGCAGGUUCGGCUUUCCCGUAGGCCCGAGACCACACCGCGAGCUAUCGGACACCGCAUCGGACGCCGCAUACAUCGAAGCAACGGCAUACUAUACGCAAGUAGCCGCGGUAUCUGCUGAUUGGGUCGAUCUUGGGGUUUAUGCCCUAUUCGAUACUGAGUCUAACGAUGUUACUCAUAUCACGGGGCUAGAGCUGAUUAACAGAGAGCAACCCAACACUCUCAUUGGAUAUGGGCUGCCCGGCGGACGAGCACGUCAAGAGAUUAUCGACAUCCACCUCCUCACUUUCGAGGGCUUCACUGUUUCAGGAAAAUCAGGCCAAAUUUACGGGAUCCAAGGCCUUCAUGAACAAAAGAAAUCUCGAUGGAUAGGCAAGUCUAGAGGGGCGUUCAGGCUACUAUCGUUGGCUCUCCUCAUAUCUGUUGCAUCAAAGCAUACUUUCAUGUAA